AUGGCUUUUUAUCAAGGCUUUAUAACCAAGAGAGAGGAGAAAGUGUUUUAUCAUAUCAGGCACCCAUAUCCCGUGCUAUAUGAUCAUGACUACCCUGCAGAAGAAGUUUCAUACUUCCCAGCACCUCCCAAGAGAGACGAGUACCAUGGCGGCUGGCCCACCAAGACUGUCACCGUAAGGCCUCUUCCCCCUCAACAGGUACAAUAUUAUUCAUACCCCAACACGGAUCAAAAUCGUGUUCAUGUUCAUCCUCCUCAUCAUCAGAACAGAAGGCCUGCAAAGACGGUGGAAGUUCCAGCUCAGAAGCCUCGUCAGAUAAAGGAUGACGGCGUUCUUACUAGCACUGAGGUAGCAGAGAUGUACGGGGGAGUGAUAAUUACUGAAUCUGGUACCAAUAUUAAUACCAAGAUAUAUCCUCGACCCAAUUACCCUUAA